GAACAGAUGUUGAGAUCGAAUCUAUAAUAAGUUUAUUAACAAUGUGGUGACACAAAUUACUCUUUUCUCUUUUUCCUCAAGUGUUUGUUGUUAAUUCGUUUAUGUUUUUACAAUAAGGAGUAAAAAAAACCCUUUUUGAUAGAAUAUAAAUCUUUUUCUCUCAUCAUGAUUACUUCUUCCCUCUUUAAAAAUAAAAUGUCUUUAAAUAAUUUACAAGUUGCUUUGCAGAUUUUACCCCUUCCUCAACACUACAGCAACAACAACAACACUACCGAGCAAAGCAUUGUCAAAGUAUCCGAAAAUCAAGUGAUUUUAUCAGCCAUACCCAAUGCACCCAUAUUCCCAUUCACCCAUGUCCUUGACAUUAAUACUCAGCAAGACCAACAUGACCAUUUUGUCUUUGACACAAUCCCUCAUUCAACCAUAAACGAACUUAUUCAAGGCAAAGACACCAGUAUAGUUGUUUAUGAUUCAUCAUCUAACAAUAGAUUUGACACCAAAACCUUGCUUGCAUUUUCAGACUUAUUUAAUUUGGGGUUGCCCCAAUAUCAAGUAUUCAUUAAGUUUAUUGAAUCGGGAGGCAGAGAUUUAAUCAGCCGCGAUGGUACUGAACGUGAAUAUCAAGUUGACAAUAUUGACAUCAUUGAAAAAUACUAUAAAUUUGGACUGGAGCAACGUAAAAGUGGCAUCAUGUCAAUAUUCUCGAUUAUCUUAAAACAGCCCUCAUCCACUUCACAGCUGAACAUUAUGGAUUUGACCGGAUGUGAUCACGCAACUCUUGACCUGUUCGCUGAAAUAUGUAUCAACAAUUACCGAGAACCAGCUAUGCCAGAAUCGACCGAGAAAAGAUUUAAUCCAUCCUCUCCCAUAUUCAGAACACUUCAAAGUAGCUCAUCUAUUCUCGUGAUAGCGUGCGUUAGUUACCUAGACAACAUCGCACAACUCGAACAUACAUUAUCCUAUAUUUCAAAUAUUUAUGAAAAAACGAGCUUUAGAAAGGAUACUACAGCAAGGAGAUCAGUAUCAUCCACCACUUUAAAGAAUAGAUCUAGUCAGAACGACGAUACAGAAUAUUUACGUCGCAUUAUUUUAAAAUUGACAAACGAAAUAAAUACACUUCGGCACUCAACGUAUCACCAACGGGGAAGAGGGUCACUGAACACAGUGAUAUCCAGCUCAAUAUGUUCUGAAAACGAGCACGGCCCCCGUCAUGUAUCCAUGUUCUCUUCCGUAUCCAACUCUACCGCCAUGACAAUCCCGGAUCCCAUCAGUGAAGAAAAGGAGCAUAUGCUGAUUUCGGAUUUAAAUAGACAGAUUGAAGAGCUCGAGAAUCAAAUCACUGUUACCCGAGAGCGCAAUACCCACGUUGAGCGUGAAUUGCAAGACAUGCGUAGUUCAUCUACACAAGCACAAUUAAUGUCAAUAGGAGAAAAGCAAGCUUCUAUUAUCGAUCACUUGGAAUGGAAACUAGCAGAAACAGAAAAAUUGAACGAUGAUUUAUAUCAGAAACUUCGCGGCAUGAUGGAUUUGGCGGAAGAUCGGGUCCUUUUGGAUAAGGUGUUUCGUGUUGUAGAAAACAUCAUUUCAAGAGGGGAUAAAGAUAUUUACGGUGCCUUACACGAACUAACUUUAUUAAAGUCACAUGUGGAAAACCAAAACAAUGAACUGAUUCAAAAGAACAAAGAAAUAGAAUCUUUUCGCGUAGAAGAAUUGGAUGAAUAUAUUGAGCAUAUUAGAACCCAAAGAGACCACUAUAGUGACCAGUUAGAAGAACGUAUUGACGAAGCCGAUAAACUUCAACGUGCAUGUGCCUUACAGACAGCAAAAGCAUCGGGACUACAAAAAAAACUUACAGAAAUGGAAGAGGCAUUAAACUCUAAUCGUAAAAUGAUACGCGAUGGGGAUCUUUCAGGCCUAGUUCAAAAGCUGGAAAACGAUAUUUCUCGUUUAGAAAAAGAGAAAUCCGUGGACGAAAAAGAUUUUGAAACAAGUUAUGAAACUGCUUUGAAUGAAAUAGAGGCGAUAACCCAAAGAGCACGAUAUCAGGACGAAGAAAUUCAACGGCUAAAAGCUAUUAUACAGAAAGUCAACGAACAAUUGAACUUGACAACAAAUAAUUAUAAUCAAAAGAAGGAGGAACUACUCGACUUACAAACUAGAUUUGACAGCCUACUAAGAUGGGCUAAUGAAAAAUUAGAUGACCCUACAGAGGGAAGAGAAGAUCUUAUCAGAAAAUUGGCUCAAAUGUCAAACGAAAAUGCGCAGUUUGCAUUGUGGGUAGGCGACCUUGAAACUCAACUACUAUCUCAGCGUCAUCACCUCGCGCAAGAUAUUAAAGGACUUGAAUGUGAUGUGAUGAAUUUGACGGUGCUUAACAACCAGUUAGAAAAAGAAUUAGAGCAGGUCUCUAUUCCAGUCACUAAUCGUUCCCAUAAUAUGGAGAGAUGUAGUAGAUCCAUGAACCGUUCAGUUACACCCAUUAAUAUACCGCCGCCAAGUGACCCACCUCUUAAUUCCAUUCCUCCUAUCCCUGUAUUACCACAAAUUCAUACCAGUAACAGCACCUCACCACUACCAACAACGCAACAAAAUCAUAUUUCAAUUAACUCUUCCCAACUUGCAGACUCUGAAGCGAAGGUGCAAGAACAACAGCACGAGAUAGAAGCACUUUUAGAUGAUCAUGAAGCUUUAGAAAAAAUCAAAAAUGAGGUGGCCAAAACAACGAACGAGCUGAAAAGUGAAAGGGUUUUGAAAAGAAAUGCAGAGCAUGCUCAUCGUAUUUUAGAAAAAAGAAUAGAAGAAUUAAUGGAUACUAAAAAAAGUAAAUUCCGUUGUUUUUAA